GCUAAAAUUUUUCAUCUGGUGAGGUUCAAUAUGUUCAGAAGUCUUCAACGCACGGUGUUGAUAAGGCCAUUCCCCAUAAGGCCCGCCUACAGAGGGUUCUCGUUCACAUCCCGGGUGUUGGCAGACAAAAAAGGCCCCGACUCCAACUCGGUGACCAAGCAGUUGUACGAAGCCGUCAAGUCCAACAACCCAUCCAACCAACAAACCCCUAUUGAUGACAGUUUACUCGACAUGUUAAACAACCUUGAGAGCAGACCCACUCACCAGAACUCGUUUUACGACAGUUUCGGGUUGACGGACGCUUCGCAGGUUCAUCCCAGAGACAUCGCCAAAAACAUCCGUAUAACUGGACCACUGGCGGGUAAGACCCUUGACAUAAAUAACGGGGCUCUUUGGAGGGGCUUGGGAGCCAUGAACAGUAUUCUCAAGAACAACAAAGUGAAGUACUUGGUGAAGAUCCAGAAAAGACACAUCAGAAAGGCCAAGUACAGAAAGCAGAAGAAACGGGAAUGGUGGAGACAAAGAUUCCUGCAAGGCUUUGGCGAGCUUUUGGCCAAGGUCAACGAUGCCAAGAGACGUGGAUACUAAACCCCCAAUUUGGGUCCACUACAACAACUUUUUUGUACAUAGUAAUAUAAUCGCUAACAUUGG